AAGCAAAGAGCAGCAGAAGCGAGUGCUGCAGUGGGAGCGGAGGAACCCAAGCAUCACCGAGAGCUGGAGCCGGCUGUUAUCCCUGCUGGGAGCAACUGGGAGCACCCAGGGAAUCCUGCAGCCCUGUCUCCCACAGGAGACAGCCUCUGGCACUGCCACCGAGCUCACUGCCAGCCCCCGGAGAGCCGAGGGGAAGGGGCUGGUGGUUGCAGGACGCAGGGCUGGGCUGGAGGGCAGCGAGGUCAGCGCUGCUAUGGUCACGGGGGGCUAGGAGCCUGCGUGGAUCCACCGGGAAGAGGUGAAGGAUGGCUGCCGAAGGAGGGAGAGCCAAGCCCGCUGCCCAGUCCAGGAUGGAGAACUUCCGAAAGGUGAGGACCUCGGAAGAGGAGAUGCCAUUGCCCUUCCCAGACCUGCCCCCGGACGUGGUGGAGAUGAAAGUGAAGGAGGGCAGCAAGAUCAGGAACCUGAUGAACUUUGCCAUGGCCCAGAUGGAGCUGAAGGGCAGGCGGCAGAUUGUGUUCAGCGGCUGCGGCAGGGCGGUCACCAAAACCAUCACCUGCGUGGAGAUCAUGAAGCGCAAGCUGGGAGGGCUCCACCAGGUCACCAAAGUACGCUACAAAACCGUGCUGGAGGUCUGGGAGAACCAGGACCCGCCGCCCGACAGCCCUGCACAGAACCUGACUGUCCACAAGAACGUGCCCUCCAUCUGCAUCCUGCUCUCCCGGGACCCCCUGGAUCCCAACCAGACGGGAUACCAGCCCCCAGAGCACCGGCAUGAGGCGGGAGAAGACACGUCGGGAUCCUCCACCAAGGGGCUGAAGCGGCCGCUGCCCCCUCCCUGCGAGGAGCUGCUGCCCAAGAAGCUGCAGGUACAGGUGUCUGACAGCCCCAGGGGCUCGGGGACCACCGCUGGCCAGCUGGAUCACUGACCCCAAUGACUCCCACCCCACCAGCCAGGUAUCGCGGCAGGAAUGUCCACUCAUUCCAGGGUCACUGGUGGGCUGCAGGCUCCCCCUGACCUGUCCCCACUUGCUGCUCUUUGACUCCUGUUCAUGGGGGUCCCCAGAUGUGGUGUGAGGGUUAAAUGGUUAAACCCAUCAUCUCUCGGUUAUGGAUUGAAGCAGGUGAGGAUGUGGGGGGGGGGAGCUGGUGACCUCUAAUUCAGCCACUCAGGUACACUGUGACCACCAGCCACAACCUGCAGCGACUCCCGUGGAGCCAGAGCAGCCGAGGGGUGCCUGGACCACCACCACCGCUCCCCACUGCAACGCCUCAUCCAUCAGGAGAGAUGGAUUUGCCCCAAGCUUGUUGGAAUAAAACCUUCACUAUCAAACUCG